UGCUGUAAUAAAUAAAUUCAAAACAAAAAGAAAUUUAGUUGAGAAGUUAAAAUGUUUGCGAAAAAAUCGGUCUAUAAUUACAGACAUUAGCUUUGUUUUACAUGAAUGUUUAAAUUCAAAUUAUUGAUAUUUUCAAAUUUUCAAUUAGAAAAGGAUCAAAAACAUUUACUUGAGCAAUUAAACAACGGGGGAAGGAAUUUGGAAAUUUGCUGAAGACAAGCAGGUUAUAUUUUUUAUUAAUGUCACAGGUUUGUAAAGGUAUAAGUCCAUAAAUGAAUCUUCCGCCAGGAGUUCCUCCCGGCAUACCCGGUGUGCCGCCCCCAGCAAUGGGAUUCCCGGCUAUGAUUCCACCAUUUAGCGUGCCGCCGCCUGGAUUUGGAGCUCCGCCUGAAAUAUCUCCUUUUUCAACCAUAUCAACAUCCAAUUGUGAAUGGAGUGAACAUAAAGUACCAGAAACAGGUCGUAUAUAUUAUUAUAAUAAUGUUACAAAACAAAGCUCUUGGGAAAAACCAGAUGAAUUAAAAACUCCAAUUGAGAAAAUCAUAUCGGCAUGCCCGUGGAAAGAAUAUCGGUCAGAUACUGGAAAAGUAUACUAUCAUAAUAUAAAUACAAAAGAGUCAAAAUGGGAAGCUCCUCCCGAAUAUAUAGAAAUGCAAGCCAAAGUCAAGGCAGAAGAAGCCGCAGCCGCUGCAAAGGCUGUAGCAGCAAUGACCUCUUCAUCUAUGGGUGGUUUAAUAUUGCCUGGUAUAAUUCCACCCACUGUUGUGAUCCCACCUACCAAUAUUGGUUCUGCACCGGUUACUCCUAAAAUUUCUACGCCAGAUUCUGCUAUUUCCCCAGCACCUAAUACUCCAGGAAGCGCAGAGAAUUCUUCUUCAGCUCUUGAAGCAAGUAUGGCAGCCACUUUGGCAGCUAUUGAAAUGCCAGCCACUGAAGCACCUGUGAAAAAAGAAGAGCGUAAACUUAAUUUCACUAACUUUGAAAAUGAGAAUAAACGUAACGUAAUUUCAGCUAAGAAGAUUUCGACGUCCGUGUCUGAUGAUACUUCUGUUGUUAUGACAUUUAAAGAUAAAAAAGAAGCUAUUGAAGCUUUCAAAGAUUUACUCAAAGAAAAAAAUGUUCCUUCGAAUGCAAACUGGGAUCAGUGUGUUAAAAUUAUUUCUAAAGAUCCAAAAUAUGGCGCCUUCAAAAAUCUAAAUGAAAAAAAGCAAGCUUUUAAUGCUUACAAAACGCAAAAACAAAAAGAUGAGAAGGAAGAAUCCCGUUUAAGAGCUAAGAAAGCAAAGGAAGAUUUGGAAGAAUUUCUGAUGACUACAGAAAAAAUGAAUUCAACCAUUAAAUAUUACAAAUGCGAGGAAAUGUUUGGAAAUAUGAAACUUUGGUCGUCGGUUCCUGAAAAUGAUCGUCGAGAUAUUUAUGAAGAUUGUGUAUUCAAUUUAGUAAAAAAAGAAAAAGAAGAAUCAAGAGUUAUGAAAAAGCGUAAUAUGAAAGUCUUAGGGGAGUUAUUGGAAAACAUGACUUCUAUAACUUACCAGACUACUUGGUCUGAGGCACAAGUAAUGCUACUGGAAAAUUCUGAUUUCAAGAAUGAUGUUAACUUGUUGGGUAUGGAUAAGGAGGAUGCACUAAUCGUUUUUGAACAACAUAUAAGAAUGUUAGAAAAAGAAGAAGUGGAAGAGAAAGAACGUGAAAAAAAGAGAAAUAAAAGGCAACAAAGAAAAAAUAGGGAUGGAUUCUUAACUCUUUUAGAUUCAUUACAUGAAGAAGGCAAAUUAACAUCUAUGAGUUUAUGGGUGGAAUUAUAUCCCAUAAUAUCUUCCGAUUUAAGAUUUUCAGCAAUGUUGGGACAAAAUGGUUCCACUCCUUUAGAUUUAUUUAAAUUUUAUGUUGAAGACUUAAAGGCUCGGUUUCAUGAUGAGAAAAAGAUUAUUAAGGAAAUUUUAAGAGAAAAGGGAUUUACUGUACAGGUUAAAACUACGUUUGAGGAUUUUGCUACCAUAGUAUGUGAAGAUAAGCGUUCCGCUUCUUUGGAUGCAGGAAAUGUUAAAUUAACUUACAAUUCUUUACUUGAAAAGGCUGAAGUAACUGAAAAAGAAAGAAUCAAAGAAGAAAAUAAAAGAAUACGCAAAAUGGAAUUAGAAUUUAAAAACAUUUGGUUAGAAUCUGGCAUUUCAAUUCUGGAGCCAUAUGAAAUGGUUGCAAAAAAGUUAGUAGAUAAUUUGGAACUUUUCGAAAAGUAUGAAAAAGAAAUUGGUUCAGUUGAAAAAGUUUGGAAUGAUUUUAUUAAAGAAAGUGAAGAUUCCUGUACUCAUCACCACUCUAGAUCUCGCAGGUCUAAGAAAAACAAGAAGCACAAAAAAAGAACGAGGUCUAGUUCGAAAUCAAUGGAUGAGGAAUCAGAUAUCGAAAAAGAAAAAAGAAAGAAAAAAUAUUCAAGAUCACAUUCACGUUCCAGCUUUAGUAGCGGCAGUAUGACCAGCGAGAAAACUUCAAAAAAGAAGAAAAAGAAGAAGCACAAAAGAAUUUCCCCUUCUCCAUCUUACGAGUCUGAUCAUCGCGCUCAAGACGCUUCAGAGUUAUCUAUCCCGCUGGAAAGUCCUAAAACUUUAAUAAUUUCACACAAAAAGAAAAAGAAGGAAAAGAAGCGUAAAGAAAAACGUCGAUCACCUUCAAUUUUGACACAUAGUAGCGUAUCAGAUAAAGAAUAUGAUGUAAUAAGUUCACCCAAAAAUGGUCAUGAUGAUAUUUUGAAUGAAAGUGAAUUAGAAUCCAAACGAGCUGCACUUUUAGCUCAAUUAAAUGAACAAAUGGAAGAUUGAUACUAAAACUUAUCACAUAAUAGAUUAUUAGCGAAAAGAAAAAUGAGUUUUUAUACCGACGAAGAAAAUUUAAAAUUUUGUCAAAAUAUAGAUAAGUUUAAAAUUGCUCUAAUUAAAAAAAUUGAUUUUCAUUCUAGAGAAAUUAAAAAUGAUAAAUAAAAAUUCU